GGAGACCGCAGGAGAAUGGUACUUCCCGGAAGUGACCUCACGGCCUCCAGAGCGGCUUCCGAUCUUGCCGGAAGUGGCGGACGGAGGCCGGUGGAUCCCGCGGUUGUGGAGGGCGAGGUGACCCCGGUGCGGGAGCCGGGGCCGGUGGCGCGGUCUUGGUGGCCCCGGGGAGGCGCCGCCGCCGCCACCGCCACCAUGGGCCGCGAGUUCGGGAAUCUGAUACGGAUGCGGCAUGUGAUCACCUACAGCUUGUCGCCCUUCGAGCAGCGCGCUUUCCCGCACUACUUCAGCAAGGGCAUCCCCAACGUGCUGCGCCGCACGCGGGCCUGCAUCCUGCGCGUUGCGCCGCCAUUUGUAGCGUUUUAUCUUGUCUAUACGUGGGGGACCCAGGAGUUUGAGAAAUCCAAGAGGAAGAAUCCAGCUGCCUAUGAAAAUGACAAAUGAGCAACUCGUCUGGAUAAUGGUUCCCUUUCUUUGAAAGACCUUUUUCUGGGACAGGAGCCUAUAUUGUCGCAUCUGGAAGGCACAAUAAACUUCUACGGGCUGCA